AUGAGGCCUGGUCGGCACCUGAACUAUUUCCUCACAGAAGUAGGGAAUGCUAACACAUUUAAGGGUAUAGAGCUUGAAAGGGAUCCUGCAGACAGGCAGGCUAUCAGUGCUAUCCAGGCAUCUGUGCUGCAUGACAUUCAUCCAAGAGAGGUUUGAAGGGAUGACAACAGAUCCAGUUUUGUCAGCAGCAGCUGUCCUGACAAACCACCGAAGUUGGCCAGUUGCAGACAGGCAUCUGCUGCUCUUACAUGGAGAAACUGAAAUUCACGACACUACAUGGUCAUUUUCAGGUACCUCUAGUACACCACAACUUUAGUCUACAGCACUGCCUUGAUGAGUGGAUGAGUCUAAAAUUCCAUGUCCAACGAGUUAGAGCAGAACUUGAGCUCAAGCAAAGUGACUUCUGGAAGAAUAAAUUGAUGUUUUGUAAAGAUGAUUAUCCAAACCCGCUAAUUUUAGUCGAACUCUGUCUUGUAAUUCCUUGCCAGACUGCCUGUUGUGAGCGGGGAAACUCUUGCAUGAACAGAAUCAUGACUCACUGA